AUGCAAAUCCGAUUCCUCCUCCUCCCUCUCCUUUCCUUCUUCCUUCCUACUCAAGCUCAAGAAACUCUAGAAUGCGAUGACGACGUCCCAUUAGCCACUUAUUUAUCCGCUCUUCUAGAUUCCCUCUUUUCAGCCGGUCUCACAACGUUCGAAGAACUAAUAGUCACUCUAUCAUCAACCGAUUCAGGAUACGAACUUCUUUCCACUUGGCCAAAUUCAGCUAUCACCUUAUUGGUCCCUACGGAUUCUGCAUUCUCUUCUGCUGGUUACAUUCCACCAUUUACGGAUAAAACAGAAUGGGAAUUAACGAAUUUAGUAGCUUUACAUACUCUUCAAGGUAAUUGGGGAUAUGGUAGUUUACCUAAUUCACCAUUGAAUGGAAUUGCCAGUAGUUUAUUAAGUUUGAAAAGUGAAAGUAAUUCAACUCAAAGUGGUGAUGGUGAUGGUGAUGGUGAAGGACCUUAUCAGGUGGUAGUUAUGAAUCAAGGACAAAAUGGAGAGGUUGUAGUGAGAAGUAUUUUGAAUAAUGCUACUAGUUGGGAUGGAACGGUUGAUGUGGAGAAUGAAGGUGGGAAUGGUUUGACGGUACUUCCUAUUGAUACGGUCAUCCCUCCUCCUCUGAGUCUCUCAGCGGCUUUGACACAACUCGGUCUGAACAAAUUUGCACAAGCUCUUAACGCUUCUUCCAUCGGUGGACCAGAGUCUCUCGAAGCAAUCACCUCGAACGGUUUUACCAUAUUCGCCCCUGUCGACUCGGCCUUUGGGGAUGGGAAAAUUAGUGAUACCGAUUUACAAAACCUGUACACAACAGAUUAUUCCCUCUAUUCCCCAUUCUGGUACAGUAGCGGUACCUUUUCCUCCUUGUCGAUGAAAAGUGGUCAGAAUCUCAAAGUGGUGUAUAAUUGGACUGGUUCGUAUGUCGAAUUCGACUCCGGAGAUGGGGCGACAAUCCUCCGAUCCGACAUACCCAUCACGAACGGGGUUUUACAUGUUAUCGACCAUCUUCUCCUCACUCCCGCUGGUACAUCAUCAACACCAUCUUCUUCAUCCGCAUCGGCCACACCUUCCGGGGUUGUAGACGUACAGAACCACCCGGCUCCUUCCACCUCUUCUAGCGCUGCAUCCAACGAUUCCGAUUCUGACGGAUCGAACAAUUCCGGAGCUACAAAGAUCAUACCCUUCACUGGUUUGUUGGGUAUUUUCAUUCUUUGUCAAAUGGUUUUGAUGAGUGCGCUGUAA